AUGUCGUCGGACUCCGGCUCCGGCGGCUGGCGCAUCACCAUCAGGUCCAUCUCCUGCCGCGGCGUGAGGGCGUUUGUCCCGUUCCAGAAGCCGCCGCUCUACGCCGCGGUGUCCCUCGGCGGCCGCCGGGAGAAGACGCAGCCGGACGCCGACGGCGGCGAGAGCCCGGACUGGGACGACGCGGUGUUCGCGUUCGACCUCGACGGUGAUGGCGCGCAGGCGCAGCAGCAGCUGGUGGUGGUGGAGUUCGAGGUCAAGGCGCAGGUGCCGAUCCUCGGCAACAAGCUCUUCGGCACGGCUAGCGUGCCCGUGGCCGACCUGGCGGCGGCGUCCGGAGACGACGCGGGGCUGCACCACGUCAGCUACCAGGUGAGCGCCCCCGACGGCAAGCCGAACGGCACGCUCAGCUUCGCAUACGCCAUCAGCGGCGGCCCUGGCGCCGGCUUGCGCCCGCAGCCGCAGCUCUACCCGGCGCCGGGCGGUGCGCGGCCGGAUCAAAACCCGAGCUUUCGCUGCGCGCCUCCGCCAAGCGAAGCGUAUCCACCACCCGCGGCGGCUGCAAACUUCCCGCCACAGAGCGCCGGGUACCCGCCGCCGGCUUCCGCUUCUCUCUAUCCGUCACUGCAAGAAUUGUUGUCCCCACGCAGCUACCCGCCUCCGCCGCCGCCUUAUCCACAGUUUCCAGCGCCAAGCAACAGCAGCUACCCGCCGCCGGCUGCUGCUACUACAGCAUACCCACCUCCACCCGCGUCAUGUGCAGCCUGUCCGGCGCCUCCGGCAGAGUUCACCAGGUACCCGCCGCCGCUGACGGCGGCUGCUACGGCAUACCCACCACCACCGCCUGCGUCGUCGUGUGCAGCCUGCCCGGCGCCUCCGGCGGCACAAUACAGCAGCUACCCGCCGCCACCGUCGACCAACUACCCACCGGCGCCGCCGAGCGGGUACCCGCCACCACCGGCGUCCAAUUUGACCCCUCCGACCAGCACGUACCCGCCGCCGCCGGAGUCAGGCUCGGCCUACCCAGUUUAUCCAAGAUCAGCGCCUUCGCCGCUGCCGUCAGGCACAGUGGACCGUGCACUACCGUACUACCCGGCGCCUCCCGGCGCCUCGUACUACCCUCCGCCGGGGACACGGCACCCUGAGAUCGACGGCGCGGCCUGGACGCCGUCUUACUACCCACCGCCGGGGAGUCGAUACCCGUAG